UACGACUGUCAAUCGCGUCGUAAAUAACGCAUUACGUCUAUAAAUCAUCGGAAAAUGACGGAUGGCAAGAACCUAGGGAGAGCGUAACGCUGCAGUAGCUCCACCAGCAGUAACAGAACCACUAUCGUUGCUCUACUAGCAGCUCCGUCAUCGGUAGAGAGCGAAAGAACGAGGUCUUCCGUUCCGGCAUAAUAGUCGUGCGAGUUGGCAGACGCGCGACCGUGUGCUAUAGUUUCGUGAUUUUUUAUAUCAUUCCCAGGACAAAUUUUUGCAAGGAUUUUGCAAACGUACAUUUUGUGCUGUGAUCUAUCUCCGCAUUUCAAGGAUGAAUGAAGAAUACGACGCGAUCGUCUUGGGUACCGGGCUCAAGGAAUGCAUACUUUCGGGUAUGCUAUCGGUCAGUGGAAAGAAAGUACUCCACGUAGAUCGUAACAAGUAUUAUGGUGGUGAAUCUGCCUCGAUCACGCCCUUGGAAGAUCUAUUCGCGAAAUUCAAAGCCCCGCCACCGGAUGAAAGUUACGGUCGUGGUCGAGACUGGAACGUUGAUUUGAUACCCAAGUUCCUGAUGGCGAACGGUUUACUGGUGAAGCUGUUGAUCCACACGGGUGUAACUAGAUAUCUAGAAUUCAAAUGUGUCGAAGGAUCGUACGUUUAUAAGUCAGGAAAGAUCUCAAAGGUGCCGAUCGAUCAACAGGAAGCCUUGUCCAGCGAUCUGAUGGGCCUUUUCGAAAAAAGGCGCUUCCGCAGUUUCCUUAUAUGGGUGCAGAAUAUGCAGGAAGACGACCCCAAGACUUGGGACGGCUUCGAUCCAUUUAAUAAUAAUAUGAGCGCUUUGUACAAUAAGUUUAAUCUCGAUAAAAAUACUCAGGAUUUCACUGGACACGCAUUAGCACUUUAUAGGGACGAUGACUAUAUAAGCCAAAGCGCAAUUACUACUAUAAGAAGGAUUAAAUUGUAUAGUGAUAGUUUAGCGCGUUACGGGAAAUCGCCGUAUCUCUAUCCUAUGUAUGGUUUAGGUGAACUUCCUCAAGGUUUUGCACGGCUUAGCGCCAUUUACGGUGGGACGUACAUGUUGGAUAAGCCAAUCGACGAAAUCGUGAUAAAAGAUGGAAAGGUCGUUGGUGUACGUUCUGGCGAUGAAGUAGCUCAAUGCAAACAAGUAUUUUGUGAUCCCACAUAUGUACCUGAUCGCGUAAAAAAAGGAGGUCAGGUCAUAAGAUGCAUUUGCCUCUUAGACCAUCCUAUAGCAAAUACAGGAGAUGCUCUUUCGACACAAAUUAUUAUUCCUCAAAAACAAGUUAAUCGUAAUUCCGAUAUCUACGUAUCGUUAGUAUCUCAUACUCAUCAAGUGGCGGCAAAAGGAUGGUUCAUAGCCAUGGUGUCUACUACCGUUGAAACGAAGAAUCCUGAGGCUGAGAUCAAACCUGGUUUGGAUCUUCUUGGACCCAUCAGACAAAAGUUCAUAUCAGUCUCCGAUUAUAUGGAACCGACCGAUAAUGGUCUGGACAGUCAAAUAUUCAUAUCAACGAGUUACGACGCGACAACGCACUUUGAAACUACUUGCUUAGAUGUAUUGGAUAUAUUUAAACGAGCUACCGGAGAAGAAUUCGAUUUUAACAAAGUUAAGAAAGACCUAGGCGAUGAAGAUCAGUAACCGUAAAACGGUUACGAUUAUUGGUCAUUUUCGCAACUAGUUCAUCCUGAAUUUAAAAGAAAUACGGAACACAAGUGAGCAAUGUAAUUCAAUGCGUAAAUCGACUACGUCGGUAUUUAUCUCUUCGAGUCUCGAAGCAGAUGCGAUCUGUUAAUAGACUCAUGCCUAAUAAGAUUAGAUUCUCUCGAACAGAGAAUAAUCACAGAACAUUACGCAAAAUUUAUUUUUCAAAUUUGUCUCCAUCUUGUUCUACCAACUGCCCUUUUUUACAUUUUUGUCCUGGAGUACGCGUGUACACAAAUUUUCACGAAAAUUGAUAUUAGAACUUGUACCAUUCGUCGUCUGAAUAUUUUUGAUCAAUUUUGAACGAAUCACAGAAAAAUACAAUUUGAGUGUAUCUAUUAAUCAACAGCGAAGAUUACCGCGACUUUAUAAAUGUAUUAUAUUUUAACUAUAAUUAUUAAAGAAAAAUAAUAAAGCAAAUUGUUUAUUCGGAAUGUAAAAGUUACACAGUCUUGUAGUCCUUAUUGCUAUUCGCAGUAGUUAAAAAAGUUCCGCGUAACGACACGAGGUACAAGAUAAAGAUAAUUUAAGAAAGUGAAUUCUACAUGCAGACAUAUAAAUAGCAUGCCGCGGUUUAGCACUAGAAGAUACUGCACAUUUAGUUACAAUAUUUGACAUUUUAAAAAUGUAUGUUUAAAGAAAUGCAAAAUAAAUGUGUAUAAAUUAUACUAUUUGAAAAAAAGUAAUCACCUGUAAUAAGAAAACAUAACAGGACACAAUUUUAUGUCGAACUAUUAGAAAUGAAAAAUUGAAAAGCGGCCAAGCAUUUAAAUAUAAAUUAAAUAGAUAUAUUAUAUAUGUAUAAAUAUACUUUCUCAUUCUGAAAUAUAAAAGAAUGGGAACAUAGAAAAGAUGAAGUCGUUGAAACGUUGUUAUUUUAUGUAAACUUGAGAAUCAGAAUAUUUCCUUGUCUAAUAUUUAUAACGUGGUCAUAUCCAAUGAAGAAGCCAUAAUUAAGAAAAUCUGGAAAAAGACAAGUAUGCACAGAUGCGUAUUAUUUUUUAAAUUGCUAUACGUGUGCAUUUAAUUAUGCGUGAAUGUUUUGUUAACGAAUGAUCGGCUAUUUCUAGCAAUUUUUAUUUCGCUUGCAUUUUCGCUUAAAGUCAUAAAUGCAUUUGUAUUCCAUAUAAAAAAAGUACACGUUCUCUAUUAUUUUCUCUAAAGCAUUAUUCAUAUAAUUGUAAUGUCACAGUCGUAAAAAAAUAAAUAAUAUUAUAUUAAUUUC